AUGCGUCUCGACUUAUGCGCACACGCAUGCGGGGAUCUUCUUCGGCAGCUGGAGCAAACGGGGAUUGAAAUCCCUUCACAAGACUCAAGCCGGGUUACGGACGAGGGGGCAGUGGUGCAGGAGAAGAACGCUGGAAUAGGAGAUGCGAGGCAACUCGUGUCCCCUGGCGGGAAAGCAGAGGCAGGUGGCAGCAAGACCACUCCUCGAACCCCACAGCGUCCAUCGGGUUGUAAGAGACGGGAUGACAGCAGUCCAGAGGAGGUUGGAGUACGCAACGCCACCCGGAUUGCUCUGGCCUCCUCGUUCGCUCCGUAUGACAUGCCCCCCGCGCGCAUUUUGCCGAACCCGCUGCUGGCGCACGGAACCAUACCUCACUGGAUGUUCACACGCGGGAGACAGCUGAUGGGGGUUACGGUGCCGGCAGGGGAGGCGUGGAGAGAUACGCGAGCACAUGAGACGGUGAAGGCCGAAAUGGACCAAAAUCUGGUAUCCGAUACAGAUGACGAAGACGAUGAAGACGGCGCGAGUGCCACCAAGUAUACCGGAGUGAAGAUAGAGAAGGACUCUUGCAAGUAUGGUGUGAAGAUCCUGAUCAAGGAGGACGGGAAGCGGAAGCAACAGCGCCUGAGAGCGUACACCUCGAUCGACGAGGCGGCGUACGCGUACGCGGAAGCUGCGUGCAUGCUCAGGCCGCGAGACAAGAUACCCAACACAGUGAACCUUACAACUGCUGAGAAGGCGCUGCUGCGUGGAUGCACCAAAGACGAUCUGCAACUCCUUGUGGAAGCAAGGAAGUGGUGGAGGUGGAGGAGCUGGCGGGAGGCGCUCGAGGGCGUCAGCAGCAAGCUGAGACGCGGAAGGAAGCGGAGGAGCGCCAGAGGUGGGGUUUAG